AUGCUGCAUCCGUCGUCUGCCCACGACGACGACCUGGCCCCGGACUUCACCGACGUUGUCCACGGCGAGGAGCUCCACGUGCAGAAGCUGGAGCGGCCGACGUUCGAGAUCGACCCCUCCCAUAAGCUCGAAGUGCUCGGCAAAUGGAGCCCGCCGGCGGUGUUGAGCAAGUGCCUGCCGUCGCAGCUUGUCACUCUUUCCGGCGCGGCGCUGGGUUUCUUGCUGGGAGUGGUGGUAUGCCCUUUCGACGUGGUGAAGACCCGGGCCCAGGCCACCGGCGACUCCACCAACCAAUUUUUCAAGAUUUUCAAACAUAUAUACCAUACCGAGGGCAUUCGUGGCUUCUACCGUGGGCUUGUGCCCAUCACCAUUGGCUAUUUACCGACGUGGACCAUCUACUUCACUGUGUACGAACGAGCUAAGCUCAAGUACCCCAAGUGGCUCCAGAACCACCUCGGCAUCACCACCCCGCUGGUAUCACACGUGCUUUCGGCGGUGACGGCAGGGAUGGCACUGCUGAUCGCCGUCAACCCUAUUUGGGUGGUGAAAACCCGGCUCAUGCUUCAGACGGGUAAAGGGCUGCUGGUAGUUGGGGGUAAGCGCACCUACUAUCACGGCACCCUCGAUGCCUUCAUCAAGAUGUAUAAACAAGAAGGGAUCAAAGUGUUCUAUCUGGGUUUAGUGCCGCUGCUCUUUGGUCUUGUCCACGUUGGUAUCCACUUCCCCGUGUACGAGAAGUUGAAGCAGAUGCUCUUGUGCAACAGCAACGUGCACGACCUGAGCUACCUCCCCCGGCUUAUCCUCGCGCUGCUGGUGCUGAAGAUGUUGGCGCUGACGGUGACCUACCCCCACGAAAUCUUACGAACACGGAUGCAAAUGCAACCACUGGGGAAGAAAGUGGGCAUGCUCGACACCAUCAAGCAGAUCGCCCGCACCGACGGCCUCCGCGGCUUCUACGCCGGCUACACCAUCAACUUAAUCCGGACGGUGCCGGCGCUGGCGGUGACGCUCGUGUCGUUCGAGUACUUUAAGACCUAUCUCUUAGAAAUCAGCGGCCACCUCAAACCCGCCUAA